AUGAAAGGACUUACAAGUUGGUUCAUGGGCAAAUCCAUUGAAGAAGAAAGGGCCAGGCUUCUCUUUAUGCUGGACCCAAGCAAACCCUUACGAAAGCGCUUUUCUAUUAUGAUUCAGAUUGUAAGAAAUCUUGAAAAGACUGUUACUUCCGGUUAUAAUGAAAAACUUCACGAAUUUUUCCAAGAAAAUUGGGACACAGCGACCACUUUAUGUCUUGCUAUGCUUAAAAACGCUGAUCAUAUAAAAACCAAAGGCAAAGGGGCAGCUUGGGAAGAUGUUUCCAGCAUCCUCAAAGUCAUUAUGGAGAUUACUCAAUACGGCCAAAUGCAAGAUCUUGAAGAAAUCCAAGAAAUAGCUAUUGUCUGCCUGUUUGACGACAAUCGUUGGGAGAUUAAAGAAAUUGGCUUUAAUCUAGUCCUUUUUCUAUUAUUUUAUAAUAAAUAAAUUAAAAAUAAAAAAAAAUAAAUUUCUGUUAUAUUUUCUAUAAAAAAAAUAAGACAUGACCUUAGAAAGCCCUAAAAUAUUGACAAAAUUUAGAAUAAACACAAACUUAGCACUACAAGUGCCUCAACAUCUGUUUUUAGCAUCCAUAGAUUUAUCACAAUUUCGCUCAGAAGAGCAUGGAGAGCCUGUCUUCCCAGAUCGGUCAAUUUUGAUAACAGGGUCGAACUCCCAGCACCCUUGGCUUAACUUAGCUCAAGACUCUUUAAAAAAAUCGUCACCUAUUUAUCAAGCUGAAGUAAAAGAACUAGAAAAAUUAGCAGGUCAAGCUUUAUCACAAGGGGUUAAAGACUGUUUGAAUUUUGUAAGUAAAGCAUUGGAUUUCUCGUUAGAUAGCGAUUAUCCACCAAGUUUAGAAACGAGACAAGCACAUUUUAAAAGAUGGUUUAAUUUGUUGAAGAAAACUAUUGUAUUCUUACAAAUAAUCAAUUAUUAGUUUAAUUAUAUAAAUAUUUUAAUAUAAAAAGAGGUAAAGUUAGUUCAUUUUUAUGCUGAAUUUAACUAUAAUGGCAUAUUUUAUAGCAAAUAUUGAUUUAAUUUUAUAAAAAAUAAAUAAUUGCUGCAUAAUGAAAAUGGAAUAUGCUAUUCCUAAUUUAUCCUUACUAUUGCACUCCUGGAGACAAUAUGAGCCCUGACUGAGGAUUUCAUAGCUUCCCUCCUCCAACUCUGCACUACCUAGUCGCAACUUGGCUUAUUAAAGCUAUCAGAGACCAAGAACUACUAGACGCUCUAUUUAUAACUCCAGAAGAAUACGAUUUUGUCGGCAAAGUUUUAGGUCUCUCCUUCAGACUCACCGAAAGUUACAGCGGAAUUUGCUACAAAACAGCUAACAAAUGCCUGAGACUCUACGAAGAUUGGAUUUUCGGCAAAUUCCUGCCAAGGAUCAUCAAAAGUAACAUAGACGCCCAUAUUUCUUCAAACCUAAAGCACACAAUCGAUCUUUUUGAUUUUUCCAAUGAUUUCAGCCCUAAAAGAAUCGACCUUUGCAAACUCCUUAUCAAUUUACUAGAAAAAUAUAGAGAGCAGCCUGAAGGGUGGCCGACACUAUUAGAAUGCUCUAUAAAUAUUUCUAAUAAACUAGCAGAAACCCACGACCUAAAAAAACCUUUCCACGACAUAAUAGAGCCUAUGGCCGAAUUUUUAAUUUCAACGUUAUCCACAGUGAUGACUUCUAUAGAAGUCGACUGAAAUUCCUUCUCAAAAAUCCUGCAAAAAUGGGCGAGAAAUUCUGAGCCUAUAAUAGAGCAUUGGGAAAAAAUUAUGAUUGAUAAUUCCAGCAAGCUAAAAGACUUAAGUUUUAGGCCUUGCAGCUUAUUAGAAGGCUGGCUGAAAUUGAUGUAUAUAUUGGGAGAUCCAUUGAAAUUUUCUGAUAAAGUCCAGGUGAGAUGGGCACAUUCAUUGCAGGAUUUAAUAAAUUUGAUAGUGACUCCGCCUCAGACUGCGUCAAAUCCUAAUAGACUUUUGCAGUUCUUUUUCCCGAUUUUGUCGAAAUUAAUUAGAAGUGGAUCGGUGCAGGAAACUCAGGUCAUUGCGCUGAACUCAUUGACGGCGCUAUUUAUAAACACUAAAUGUGAAGAAAUGCCUAUGGAAUGCUAUAUUCAGCAUUUAAGCUUGAUUUUAUAUCAUGCAGCUCAACAGCCACAUCUGCAAAUAAGCGUUUUAGAGGCAGCGCCUAGAUUAUUAGACUUCCCAGGGAUGCAUUUCUUGAUAAACACAUUUUUACAAAUUGCUUAUAAAAACCACCUACAAGCGACAAAGCUGAUUUUUUAUAUAAUGUGUUUCCCUAAUUAUUAUAAAGAUACAGCCUUAUACGACCCUACCACACAAUAUAUGACUUAUGCUUCCUUAAAGCCGAAAAUCAGAGGAGUCCUACAAGCCUGUGCAGAAGACCCAGAGCUCUCUUCUACUGCUUUAUAUGGCCUUACUUGCUUUAUAUUAGAAGAAAUUAAUUCUGGCAACGACAGUGCAUCUCAGUUGAUCACAGAAAUUAUCCUUGAAAAAUGUUUAAGCGAUAACGACGAUACUGCGUUAGCAGCUUUUCGGUGCUUAAACAGUUUAACACCAGUUAUGACGAUGAUUAAUAAAACUGUGCUGAAUUUCUUGAUGUUUAAAGCAUUAGAAUCUAUUCCUAUUACAAGAGAAAAAGUUUUGAAGGCUGCACUAGCGACUAUUCAGCAUUUAGUUAUGACGAGUAGCACUGCGCUGGAUUCGAAUUUAUUGACAAGUUUGUUUAGCAAUUUAUCACUAUUGGAAAGUAAAGUGGCUGGGAUUACGAGUUUGGAAAAUGAAAUAAGCUCUUUAAGCUCAUUUUUAGCUAUUUUAAAAGGCAAUGAAUGCCGCUAUAUUCUUUGUAUUAAAAUUAAUGUAAAACAAAUUUAUUAUUUAUGCAAAAAUCCGUCAUAAAGUAUAUUUACUAUACCAAUUAAGGUUAAAUAUAUAGGAAUAUCAAGCUGUUUUAGCAAGUUUACUAUUUGAAUUUUCCUUUAAAAAACCAAAACCCAGUAAUUUUCCAAUCUAUUACCUCAGAUGAAGAAUUCGCCGAAGAAAAAAAUUUCCGUACUCUGCACUUUGCGUUAGAAACCAAUGCAAUAGUUACUAUAAUUUUUCAUUCCAGUAAAGCAAAAUUCAUUAUAAGAAAUCAGUUUGGAAAAUUCUGUUGGGAAGCUGAAGAUUAUAAAAUUUUUGAGCCUAGUGCAAGGACUGAAGAAUUUUCCAGAAUUGUGGAAGAAAUAAAUUCAACAUCUAUUGAAAUACAAAACCAAGAUCCACCUAAAAAAUUAUGAUAAAAAACAUAAUGAUUUACAAAAGACUAAUCUUUUAGCACCCUUUUUUAUUUAAAAUAUAGAAUUUGCUAUUUAUUAUAGGACUAGGAGAUUUCCCUUUAUGAGUAUAGAUGAUGAGCCUCUGCUUCCUUUACUGAUAGACUAUAUUGCUAGCAAUUAUUCAGACUGCUAUGUUAAAGACAAACAAAUAGAAGCCGGCUCUGAAAUGCUCAGACUUAUGGACAGUGUUGAAGAAAUGGAAGCUGAAUGUGAAAUAUUCGAAAGGAGAAGAGAACGUGAAGCCACAGCUUUUAAUGUCAGCAGAUAUUUCGUAUCAAUUUAGGUUUAUCCCUAUUUUUUUAAAUUUUUACCUUAAAUUUAUCAAAAAUAUCCAAAAAAAAAUAUUUUAACCCAAAUUUUGGACUGCUCGAAAAAUUAAUUUUAUUAGAAAGUGGCGAAAAAUUAGACCGCGGCCUAAGCUUACUCGACAACUGCCAGCCUCGAGAACCUGUAAAAAUUGGAAUUAUUUAUGUAGGGCCAGGUCAACAAGAUGAAAAAGAAAUUUUAGCAAACUCCUCAGGGUCGAUAGGAUUCCAGCAAUUUGUCCAAAAUAUUGGAAGAGUGAUUGACAUUCGUCAACAUUUAGGCAAUUUGGGAGGACUUGAUCCGUCUGGCUCAGCUGGCUAUUUGUCAGUUUCGUAUUCUGAUUGGCAAUAUGACGUUCUGUUUCAUGUAGUCUCGCUAAUGCCGACUGAUUUAAAUGAUGAGCAGCAAGUUUUGAAGAAAAGACACGUGGGGAAUGAUAUUGUUCAUAUUAUUUGGAGUGACCAUUGAAGAGAUUAUAGACAGCUAGACAAAUAAUAUAAAAAUAUUUAUAAUAUUAAUAUACUUUAUAGGCUUAGUUAGGUUUAUAAAUUUUUUUUAAUUAUAAUUGGCUUAAAUUAUAACUCCCCCCCUCCGUGAGUGAACAAAAAAAUUUUUUUCACUCACGGAGGGGGGUUAAUUUUUUUUUUUUUUAAAAAAAUUUAUAUAUAUAAAUUUUCUAAAAAUUUUUUUUCGAAAUUUAAAAAAAUCCUAAUUCACAAAAAUUGGAAAGCAAAUAUUAAUUUAAUUUAUAAAAUUUAUGUUUUAAAAAAGCAAUUCGUUUAAAAUUAAACAGAAUUAGCUCUAGAUUUCACUAUACUAAUUAUCACUUAUAUAUCAAAUUUUUUUUCCAUAAAAAUUUUUCUAUUAAAAAAAUUUUUGUUCACUCACGGAGGGUGGGUUUUUUGGCAAAAAAUAGCGAUUUUUCUAAUGGUUUUGUUCACUCACGGAGGGGGGGGAGUAAGAAAAAACUAUAAAAUUUAUUUAAUUUUUUUUUUAUAUAGACAAGAUACAAUGCUGACCCAUUUCAAUUUUAUUUUGAUAGUAAUUUAUCCAUUAUCCCCUAUGCUAUUUAGAAUCCAAAUUCUCAAAAAAGUCAAUGUAGACUGUGGCCCGCUACAAGACGGAAUGGUCAUUCCUUGGAGCUUACUACCAAUCCUGGUCAGACAAACUGCUAUUAAUGCAAAUCAGCAGGUAAGAGCUAUGAAACAUGCUAAUUAUGAAAAGCAAAUUCAUAUCAGACGAAAACAAAUCCUAGAGCUUGUGCAAAGAUAUUCAGUUUUAGGGGCUCAAAAGAACCAAACUUAUGCGCAAAUGUUCUAA